AUGGCACCAUUGCAUUCAAAAUCACAUACUAGUUUAGGUUCUAGAAAAUCUUCCAUUUUCAAUUUCAUCCAACAACCUCCUCAACCGGAUGUUUAUUACGUUGGGGUAGAUGUAGGUACUGGAAGUGCUAGAGCUUGUAUAAUUGAUACCAAUGGUAUUAUUUUGGGAUUAAGUGAAAGACCAAUUACAAGACAUGAAUUGAAAGCUAAUUUCAUUACACAAAACUCUACAGAAAUUUGGAAUGCUAUCUGUUAUUGUGUUAAAAAUUGUAUUAGAGAGAGUGGAGUUGAUCCUGAAGAUGUAUUUGGGAUUGGGUUUGAUGCUACUUGUUCAUUAGUUGCCAUCAAUGAAAAGACUGAUGAACCAAUGGCUGUUGGACCUGAUUUUACUGAUCAUAAAGAGAACAUUAUCUUAUGGAUGGAUCAUAGAUCAGUUGAUGAGACCAUUGAGAUCAAUUCUUCUGGUGAUAAGAGUCUUAAAUAUGUCGGAGGUCAAAUGUCCAUUGAAAUGGAAUUACCAAAGAUGAAAUGGUUGAAACAUAAUAUGCCAGGAGGUAUUAACAGUUGUAAAUUCUAUGAUUUGGCUGAUUUCUUAACUCAUAAAGCUACUGGAUCAGAAGCUAGAUCUUAUUGUUCAACUGUAUGUAAACAAGGAUUGGUUCCUCCAGGAGUUGAUGGUUCAACUACCGGUUGGUCAAAGGAAUUCUUAUUAUCAUUAGAUUUAGAAGAAUUGGUGGAAGAUGAUUUCAGAAGACUUGGUGGGAUCCCUGAUAAAAAUGGUACUUUCUUAUCAGCUGGUGAUAUUGUAGGUAAAUUGACUGCUAAAUCAGCUGAAGAAUUAGGUUUAUCAACCGAAUGUAUUGUUGGUUCAGGGGUUAUUGAUGCUUAUGCUGGUUGGAUCGGUACUGUUGCCGGUAAAGUAGAUAAUCCAACAGUCUCUAAUAAACUAGAUUCUAAAAAUAAUGGAACUAUUCUUACCAGUUGUGGUAGAUUAGCAGCUGUUGCAGGAACUUCUACUUGUCAUAUUGCUAUGACCAAAGAACCAUGUUUUGUUCAAGGGGUUUGGGGUCCUUAUAAAGAUGUUAUGGCUAAAGAUUAUUGGUUAGCUGAAGGAGGACAAAGUUGUACUGGUGCGUUAUUAGCUCAUGUUUUAGCUAUUCAUCCUGCUUCAAACGAAUUGAGUCAUUUGGCUGAAGCUUCUAACUUAUCUAAAUUCGAUUAUCUUAACUUGAUCUUAGAGAAUUUAGUAGUUGAUAAUAAAUCCCGUUCUGUGGUUUCAUUAGCUAAGCAUAUGUUCUUUUAUGGAGAUUUCCAUGGUAACAGAUCACCAAUUGCUGAUCCUAAGAUGAGAGCUUCUAUCAUUGGUCAAAGUAUGGAUUCAUCAGUUAAUGAUUUAGCUAUUCAAUAUUUCGGAGCUUGUGAAUUCAUUGCUCAACAAACCAGACAAAUCGUUGAAGAAAUGGAAAAGGGAGGUCAUGAAAUUGAUUGUAUCUUUAUGUCUGGAGGUCAAUGUAGAAAUGGUUUAUUGAUGAGAUUAUUAGCCGAUUGUACUGGAUUACCUAUUGUAAUCCCUCGUUAUAUCGAUGCGGCUGUGGUUUUCGGUUCAGCCAUUUUAGGAGCUGUAGCUGCUGAAGAAGCUGUUCAAGAACAUAUCCAUAAGAAAGGUAAAUCUAGAAGAUCAUCUAUCUUAGAAACUCAAAGAUCUCAAACUUCUUUGAAUAAAGUUGGUAGUGGAGUUCAAUUAGGUGAUGGUCAACAUUCUCCUUAUACUGCUCCAACAGCUACUGCCUCAACCACAAACAUGGCUACUUUAGCUUAUGCUUCAACCCAAACUGGAUCACACCAUCAAUUCCCAACUAUGACACCUAUGACUGAAGAAACUGAUUAUUUCAAUCAACCACCUCAAAAGAAACCUUUCAGUGAUGAAGAUGAUUCUGAAGAUGAACAAACAUUAUCUUUCGGAUCUAAAUCCAACGUACAAAAAGGGUUAUCACAAAAAUUAGGUAACUUAUCAUUAAAACCUUUGACUAAAACUACUGAUACUUCACCAGGAGCUAAGUUAUGGAAAGUUAUGGAAAAAAUGACUGGUCCAGGUAAAGUCAUCUUACCUUCAGAUGAAAACCAUCCUGAUAGAAAAUUGUUGAAUGCUAAGUAUAAGAUCUUCUUAGAACAAUGUUAUAAACAACAAGAAUAUAGAGAUUUAGUUGAUGGUGUUGAAGCUGAAAAUAUCAAAGGAUAA